GCACAAGACGAUGCUGUGCGGACACUAAGACACUCGUACGCCUUUCUCCGAACACCAUCUACGAAGUCGUUUCUAGAUUAUUUUUUUAAACACUCGAACAAAACACCAUGGCCGCCCGUACCGCCCAACACAACCUGGUCCAUUUGACAGCCGUGCUGUGUUGCACAAUAGCUACGACAAUGGCGUUGCCACCCUCUUAUCCGGGCGACCUCUACGAACACCACGCACCGGCCACGUCGUACGCCACGAUAUCCACCACCCACGUCAAAGUUCAACACCCACCGGCGGCGCCUGCCAAGUACGAAAGCCCCUACAAAUACGAAUACUUGACCAAGCCGCUGCAGCCCGAGUACAAGUACAUAUCACUGCCGGCGUCGGCGUAUUCCGGUAAGUUCGAAGAGACCAACGCGACGCCCAACUACAAAUACUUGGCCGCUUCGCCCACGUACAAGUACGUGCAACCGCCGGCGGUGAGCAGCGAACCGGAAGACGAAGAAGAAGACCAAGCGACGGCGCUGAAGUACGCGUACAAGUACGAGAACUUGUACAAAGAUCAAUUGCCAAAGGCCUACGAACAGCCGGCCGUCCAGUACAAGUACAUCGCAGUGCCAUCGUAUAAGUACGUGUCUGAGCCUAAGUACGACUACAGCAACGACGACAAACAACAGUACUGAUGAGAAGUUCGUGCAGCAAGUCCAAACCGGACCCUGAUAACACCGGCAAGCUCCCGUUAUCUUCCUGGGAUUGUAUAGAAAGCCAAUAGUUGAUUCCAAAGAGACAACAAGAACUUCCCAUUAUCUUAUCAACUUCUCGAUGCUGUUAGUGGAGGACUCGCCAACCAACUCACUUUUGCCACACCUCCUUGUCGCCACUCUUACAAUAUAUUAUCAAUACCUAUUAUUUAUGUUAGUUUUUGUUAGUUGUGUUAAGUUAGAGUUAGCUUUGCGUGUUAAUGUCACGUAUUUGCUUCUUUUUUUUUUAGUUUUCGAUUACCUAAAUAUUUUAUUAUUAUUAUUAUUAUAAAUAUAGUUUUAUAAUGCUCUUGUUAA